GUGGGGCUCAAAGUUGACGUAAACACUUAACGCUAGUUAGCCAAUGUAAAUCCAUAUCUGAAAGAAUGUUAUGGUAGUACGGGUAAGUGCAUUUUCUAUUAACAAAAUGCGAUGUUAUCUUCAUGCACUUAUGCUGUGCAUGGUCUUUGCUAUCUUUUCGGUGCUGUAUGUUUUUAAUCAACUACCGGUAACCUCGUCUUUUGAGUCGCAAGACGAAGACGGAUGGACCGACAGAAGAACUAAAAAAUCCAGUGGCAGGCAACCCCAAUUUGGGGCCCAAGACACUGGGCACGUAGUCAGGAAAUGUGGAGGAGUGCCAGGCCUUUUUGACCAGCAAGAACAUGACAGGACCAGGUAAAAUAACAGUUGAUUAGCUAGUUAGUUGGCUACAAAAGUCAGCCAAGUAACUAGCUAAUUCACCAUUAUCCACAUUGCAAUUUCAGGGUUUUUUCUCCCCGUUUGCUAACGUUACCUAUCAGAUGUCCUGCCUAGUGCAAUUAGAUGGGUACUUACCUAAGUUAGCUAUCUAUUUCUACAACUAUUCGCAUUUGCUAGAUAACCAAGGAGCUCUCUAGUCUACCCCUAUCAGAUUCAAUCACCAAGGAUCCAAAAGGCAUUCAAAUCUUGUUGUUCUGUCUUGUGUACUGAAUUGGCAGUGUUUUACUGGAAUCCCUAUUAGAGACUGCCUCCUGAUGUUUGUGGAAUGAACUGAUUAUUGGGACCGUCUCCUAUGAAUGCUUGGUUGGGGCAACCCCUUGAAAGGCAGGCAGUGGCCACUUUACUUAUUUUUCCACCUGGCGGUAGCAGUGCGUGGGUGAAAUCACUGGGGAAGCUAAGCCAAAAAAAACAAAGAAGCCAUGUUACAACCUAGUUGCAUUGUUUGCUCUAUAACCUGUUAGUUAAUGUUAGCAACAUUUUUGGACUACUAAACAACUAUUGAUUUAGAACCACAGAGAGUUACCGCAAGUCACAAAGAAAACAGGAGCUGCCUCAACUAUUCCAGCACUAUUUAAACAUAAUCAAAUCACCUAUGUUUAGUCUUAUACAGUGACAACUAAAAGAUACCAAAAAUAAUGUAGUCCAAUCAACGUAAGCUAAAUAUGAUUUGGCUGUCUAUGGUUCUGAUUUCUGUGUGCGUUUGUGCAAGUAGAAAAACAUGUUGACUCACCCUACUUGUAGAGCAGGGAUGGGCAACUUUGGUGGGGGUCACAAAAAAAUCUAAACUCAUGAGGGGCUGCAGUCGCUCACGGGAUCUGCGUACUCACAUCCAUACCCCCCCAAAAAAACAUUUUAGUGGCCCCGCUCUUGACAACAGAGAGACAAUUUUAAGGUUUUAGAGUUCAUUUUGUGCAAUUUGCCAUUGGGUUUAGAGAAAAUGUUGCUGUUUUUAAAGCAAGUUUGUUGCAUUCUACACAUUUUGCCAUGGGGUGGAGAGAAGAUUGCAAUUUUAUUACUCAUUUCAUGCAAUUCUACUCAUUUUGCCAUGGGGCGGAGAGGAAAAUUAGCUAUUUUAGAGCUAAUUUCUUGCAAUUCUACACAUUUUGCCAAAGGGUGGAGAGAAAUGUUGUAAGUUUUUCCAUCUUAAUCUUUUAUUUUUAUUGGCCGGUCUGAGAUAUGGCUUUUUCUUUGCAACUCUGCCUAGAAGGUCAGCAUCCCGGAAUUGCCUCUUCACUGUUGACGUUGAGACUGGUGUUUUGCGGGUACUAUUUAAUGAAGCUGCCAGUUGAGGACCUGUGAGGCGCCUGUUUCUCAAACUAGACACUAAUGUAUUUGUCCUCUUGCUCAGUUGUGCACCGGGGCCUCCCACUCCUCUUUCUAUUCUGGUUAGAGCCUGUUUGUGCUGUUCUGUGAAGGGAGUAGUACACAGCGUUGUACGAGAUCUUCAGUUUCUUGGCAAUUUCUCGCAUGGAAUGGCCUUCAUUUCUCAGAACAAGAAUACACUGACGAGUUUCAGAAGAAAGUCAUUUGUUUCUGGCCAUUUUGAGCCUGUAAUCAAACCCACAAUUGCUGAUGCUCCAGAUUCUCAACUAGUCUCAAGAAGGCCAGUUUUAUUGCUUCUUUAAUCAGCACAACCAUUUUCAGAUGUGCUAACAUAACUGCAAAAUGGUUUUCUAAUGAUCAAUUAGCCUUUUAAAAUUAUAAACUUGGAUUAGCAAACACAACGUGCCAUUGGAACACAGGACUGAUGGUUGCUGAUAAUGGGCCUCUGUACGCCUAUGUAGAUAUUCCAUAAAAAAUCAGCCGUUUCCAGCUACAAUAGCCAUUUACAACAUGAACAAUGUCUACACUUCAUUUCUGAUCAAUUUGAUGUUCAUUUAAUGGACAAUCAAAUUGCUUUUCUUUCGAAAACAAGGACAUUUCUAAGUGACCCCAAACUUUUGAACGGUACUGUAUGUGCAAUUGAUAGACCUACCUAGUAUUAAGCCAUUAGACUACAUCUGAGCUGCUUCAAUGUUCGUAUCUAUUAGGCCUAUAGGCUACUAUUAUCUAAAAGCUCACACAUUUCACUGUAGCAUAACCAAUAACCUAAAGGUUACCAUAUUAAGUCUAUGGCAACGUCACUUAACUUGGUACUUCAUGUUUAAUUAUUUAAUUGUAGAAUAUCUGUAGGCCUACUUGAAGCCCAAUUCCUGCCUGCCGUUAAGACCACAAAGAUUUGUUCAGCAAUUUGCGAAAACCAUUGUCAUAUUAUUCAAUUUUUAGGUCACAUUGAUAUUUUCUAUAGCAACGAAGGAAUGAGCUACUUUGGCUUUAUUCAUUCUUGCUAACAGUUUGCACACACCUGAAGAAAUACAGAAUUUAUUAAAUCAAACAUUGCAUACAAAAUAGCACGAGAAAACAGAAUACAUAACACAUGUCAAACAUAAUAAUACAAAAACAUAAACACAUAAUAGGCUACUGAACAUUUAUUCUCUUGAUGGUAAAACUGUAUUGUAUAUAUAUAUAUUUUUGAAUAGCCAUAAAUAAUUUAAGGACUACAGAAAGCUAUUUAGCAUACAUUCUGGAGUCAUUUUCAGCUUGGGACAGCUCCUGUAAUGACACAGUUAAGUUGCACUUUGUAACGAGUGCACUGCAUGGUGUUUUGGGAAAUGGGUGUGUCAUUUUCGGCUGUUAUUUUUACGAUGCAUCAUUAAAACAUUUGUAAGCCUAAAUUCCAUUGCUAUAGGGAAACCCGGCCCUGUAGUGUAGUGUAGUCUACCACAGUAGGAGUCAUAAUACCCAUAAAACCUAGCGGUCAAACACGGAAAUGGCUCCAAUAAUUUUUCCUCCAUUCAUUUGAUCCAUUGUGGAUUUUAGAAACACUUCAAAUAAGGGCUGUGUUUCGUCUUACCCUGGCGUGGUGUUUUGAUAACCGUGUAAAUCUCUCUCGGACAAGGUUACUUUUUUUAGAAAUAUAUUCACCUGUAUUUACCCCCCAAAAUUGAAAUGCUAAUGUGGCCAUCAUACAGAACUACUAAGGCCUGUCUUACAAGAACAUCAUACCAAAGGUCAAGCAUGGUGGUGGUGGUGUGAUGGUUUGGGGAUGCUUUGCUGCCUCAGGACCUGGACGACUUGCCUUAAUAGAAGGAACCAUGAAUUCUGCUCUGUAUCAGAGAAUUCUACAGGAGAAUGUCAGACCAUCCGUCUGUGAGCUGAAGCUGAAGUGCAGCUGGGUCAUGCAGCAAGACAAUGAUCCAAAACACACAAUCAAGUCUACAUGAAAAUUGCUGGAAGUUUUGGAAUGGCCUAGUCAAAGUCCAGACCUAAUCCCAAUUGAGAUAUUUUACAUUUUAGUCAUUUAGCAGACGCUCUUAUCCAGAGCGACUUACAGUUAGUGAAUACAUAUUUUUUUAUACUGGCCCCCCGUGGGAAUCGAACCCACAACCCUGGCGUUGCAAACGCCAUGCUCUAUCAACUGAGCUACAUCCCUGCCGGCCAUUCCCUCCCCUACCCUGGGCCAAUUGUGCGCCGCCCAUGAGUCUCCCGGUCGCGGCCGGCUGCGACAGAGCCUGGAUUCGAACCAGGAUCUCUAGUGGCACAGUUAGCACUGCGAUGCAGUGCCUUAGACCACUGCGCCACUCAGGAGUUAUGUUGUGGCAGGACUUGAAACGAGCAGUUCAUGCUUGAAAACCCACACGUCACUGAGUUAAAGCAGUUCUGCAUGGAAGAGUGGGCCAAAAUUCCUCCACAGCGACGUGAGAGACUGAUCAACAACUACAGGAAGCAUUUGGUUGGAGUCAUUGCAGCUAAAGGUGGCACAACCAGUUAUUGAGUGUAAGGGGGCAAUUACUUUUUCACACAGGGGAAUUGGGUGUUGCAUAACUUUGUUUAUGAAAUAAAUAUGCAAUUGUUGUGUUAUUUGUUCACUUAUGUUCCCUUUAUAUAAUAUUAGGUUUUGGUUGAAGAUCUGAUAAUUCAGUAUCACAAAUAUGCAAAAGUAGAGAAAAUUAGAAAGGGGACAAAUACUUUUUCAUAACACUAUAUAUAUAUAAACUUAACCGUACCGGACCCAAAAUCGAACCUUGUGGAACACCACGUGAUAUGUAAUUUCUCUGAGUUAUGUUCACCAAGGGUGACAAACUCUCGACUGGUUAAAUAGGUCCUAAACCAAUUUAGAACUGGACCAGAGAGGCCAACCCACCUCUCCAGUCUGUCCAGAAGGACAUCCUGGUCAACAUUGUCGAAUGCAACACUUAAAUCUAAGAGUACAAGGACAGAGAGCUGUUUGGCAUCUGUGUUGGCUCUAAAAUCAUUUACCACUUUAAUUAAUGCUGUCUCUGUGCUGUGGUGGGCCCGAAAACCUGAUUGGAAUUUUAAAAAUACAGUUGGCACUUAAACAAUUAUUUUGUUGUUUGAACACCAAUUACUCCAGAAUUUGGCUUAAGAAUGGAAGGUUGGAGAUUGGUUUCUAGAUUACUUUGCUUCAGAAGGAGUUUCACCAUAGAAGUUUUUAGUGCAGUGAGGAAAGUGCUUGUGAACAGGGAGUGAUUUAACAAUAGCUUGCACUUCUUCAGAUAUGCAAUUAAAACCUGUUUUGAAGGUGGUGAGCAUGUCUGUGUCAACCAAGGGAAAAUCAAUCCAUAGUGCCUUUGCGUGGUAGGCAUGGGUACAUAUCAUCAAACUUCUCAACAGUUCUUGCUUGACUGAUAACCAGCCUAGUGUUGGUUAUCUUAUUUCUGAAAUAUGCUGCAAAUUCAUCACAUUUAGAUGAGGAAAAGUUCACAUAGGUUUGCAGGGGUAGGAUUUAUCAGGCCGUCAAUGGUCAAGAAGGGGCACUCAAAGUAUUCUGAUUUAAAUAGUGAUCAAGUUAGAAAAAUGAGCUUGUCUGGUAUUUUUAAUUGCCUUGUUAUAUAUGCCAAGAUUGCUCUCUCGGAAUAUCAUAAUGGAUCUGUAACUUUGAUUUGCUAUUAAAGUUAUCAACUAAAUCAUCAGAAGAGGAAGGCGGAAUAGGUGGUAGAGUAUUGUUCAUAUACUAAAUAAAAUCUGUAGCAUCUUCAGAGGUAAGAUAGCAUUUCUUAAUGUGUUCAGUAUUACCCUGUGCUAUGGGCAAGAAGGUAGUACAAAAUACACAGUGGUGAUCAGAUAAUGCAACAUCAACAAUAGAGGAUAUGUCAAUAGAAAGUCCCUUGGUAAUAACCAGGUCCAGAGUAUGGCCGCGGUUAUGGGUGGGCCCAGUAACAUGUUGGAUAAAGUCCACGGAGCUCAAAAGAUUAAUAAAUUCAAUGGCGUUGGAGUCAGUCUCUUUCUCAACAUGAAUAUUAAAAUUGCCCAAGACAAUGAUUUUAUCAUAGUUCUCAAGGACAAUAGACAAUGGUUCAGAUAGAUAAGUAAAGAAAGUGGGGCAGUGCUUUGGUGGCCUUUACAGGGUAUUGGCCAGCACUGGUGGCUGACAUUUAAACAGUAUAGCAUAAUGCUCAAAAGACCCAAAGUCGCCAAACGAAAUGUCCUUUACAGCUGAGAGCAUUGGUAAAAAUAGACUGUCCCCCCACCCUUUUUCCCUUUUCUGAUAGAGUAUGAAAAGCUGUAGUCCGGGGGGAGGAUUCAAUAAGAGCGGCACUACAGAUCUGGGACCAGGCUAUAGGAGGACCACCUAGCACAUUUCUUUAGCCUUUCUAGCUCUUAGUUUGUGGAUCCAGCUUCUAUUCUUUCCUCAGAGUGUGUGUGUGUGUGUUCUCUUAUCAACAAUAACACAGACUAGGCUGUACACACACACUAAAGGACUGCGUGCCAGACGUCUGACCCUGCCCCUGCUUAAAUGUUGCUCAUCAUUGCCACCCUCUCUUCAUACUAAUCUCUACCCGGUCCUCUCACCCAAAGGUUGGUUGUCCCGACCCUCCAUCCUUCUCCGUUGUAGAUUUAAUAAUGUUGGGAACUCCCUCCAGCCAAUACUUACCCCAAUCAAAUGCUUUUAAAUCCAUGACGGAGACUGUGCAAGUGGUGCCCUUCUUCCAAAGUGCCCUAAGAUGCUGCCCUCCUCCCUUUUUUUAUCUCUUACUAUCUCAGGGAGAAGCCAGCCUCCGCCAGCGUCCAUGAGGCCACUAGAGAUGAGCGGAUCCAUCUGGCUGUGGUUGCCUGUGGUCCCAGACUAGAGGAGACUCUCACCAUGUUAAAGUCUGCUCUCCUCUUCAGCACCAAACCACUACACUUUCACAUUUUCGCAGAUGAUCAUCUGCAUGGCAGCUUUAGAGAGUCUGUAAGUAUGGAGAACAGGAAUUAGUGGCAGGAUGAAUUUAGGUACUAGUGAUGUGGCCUAGCAGUUAAGGGGAUGGAAGAAGAAAGAAGCUGCUGAUCCAAGUCAGACUUUGAACUAGAUAUCUAUACCUGUGCAGGUGUGUGGUUGUCUGUUAAUGCAAACCUGUUCACUUGUGUCUGUCCCUGUGUAUUUUCCCUCAGCUGGACUUGUGGCCCAGUGUCUUCCAGACCAGGUUUAACUACACCACGUACCCCAUCACCUUCCUCCGUGAGAACGCCAAGGAGUGGAAGAAACUCUUCAAACCCUGUGCUUCUCAAAGGCUCUUCCUACCGGUGAGUCCUUAUGGUUUGAUGAGACUGGCCAUAAUGAAAAAACGGUUCAGUGUCCCCCUUGCUGAGAACAAUACAAGUUUGUUUAUGAGAUAUUGGACCCAGAUUAAGCCCAUUCCUGGACCUAAAUGACUUUCAAUCACGAUUCUCCAUUGAAAUCUGGGUCUGGGAAUCUGGCCCAUGGCAUGCUGUCAGAGUAAUGUGUGUAAUGUUUGACUAUGUUCUUGGGCAUUCUAACCUUUUGUCUCUCCUCUCCAGUUGAUCCUAAAAGACGUAGACUCUCUGUUGUACGUGGACACCGAUAUCUUGUUCCUUCAGCCUGUAGAGGAGAUCUGGUCCCUGCUGUCCCUCUUCAACUCCACCCAUCUGGCAGCCAUGGCCCCGGAGCAUGAGGAGCCACGCAUCGCCUGGUACAACCGCUUCGCACGGCACCCUUACUACGGAAAGACCGGGGUCAACUCUGGGGUCAUGCUCAUGAACAUGACCCGGAUAAGAGAGAAAUACUUCAAGGUAAUUGUGUCAGUGGGAAUGUGCGUCUUUGUGUGUUGGUGUGUGUCAGUGCUUGAGAAGAGGUGUCAGGAUCUCUUGAACUUUCUCCGCUUAUUUUUUUGUAUGUUCUGUUAAAGCAUUUUGAGUCUGGAAAGGCCAAACUGUUCAAGGUAAUUUGUAAAUGAUCAUAGUUGUGUUCUUCAAUUUGUAACAUUGGCAAUGGCAUUUUCUGUAAGCCUACUGCACCACCAGUAUUGACCAGAGGAGGUCACUGUUGCCAUUAUUUUGCAAACGCUCAUCAACAGUGGCUCACAAACUGUACUGCACGGUUUCCCAAACUCAGUCUUCGGGACCCCAAUCAACUAAUCAUCAAGCUUUGAAUCAACUGUGUAGGGUUAGGGCAAAAACCAAAAUGUGCACCACUUGGGGUCCUGAGGACCAAGUUUGGGAGACGCUGGUGUACUGUGUUAAAAUAUAUCAACAUGCCUCAGACACAAAGUAUGAAACAAUGAGUUAAUUGUUUGGUGUCAGUCAGGAGUUUGACUGUUUUUAGUUUUCCAUCUUUAUUGUGUAAGAACGAAUGUGGUGCACAGUGUCAUUUAACAUUUGGUUUCUCUCUCUACUAUGACUUGUCGUAACAGAAUGACAUGACGUCAGUCCCCCUCCAAUGGGAGGAGCUGCUGAUGCCACUUCUCCAGAAAUAUAAACUCAACAUCACCUGGGGAGACCAGGACCUGCUCAACAUCAUAUUCCAUCAUAACCCAGGUGAAACUCAGCUUCAUUAGGUCCCACCGCUUCAAAAAAACGUUGUGCAACCGAAACAAAAAUGUGCUUUUCUUAUUGGACAGGUUUCAGAUAGUACUUCCAUGUUUCUGUUCUUUUUAUUUUGUUUUAUUCAAGUGAACAUGACCCAGACAGACACAUUGCUUUAUUGUUGAAACUAUCUCUUUAGCUUCUUUGUCUAGAGGAAUAAGCGUUUUCUGUAAGUGUGCAACUCGCACAAUGGCGUAACAGACACCCUCAGCUAACUGUCUCCCUCCUUUAUUUCCUUGUGCAGAGAGCCUGUAUGUGUUCCCGUGCCAUUGGAACUACCGUCCAGACCACUGUAUCUACGGCAGCAACUGUCUCAAAGCCGAACGAGAGGGCGUCUUCAUUCUCCACGGAAACCGAGGCGUUUACCAUGACGACAAGCAGCCAGCGUUCCGGGCCGUCUAUGAAGCCAUCCAGAAGGUAAUGACUUCCUCAAAUAAUAAUAAUAAACAACUAUAACUAGCUUAAUUUUUGAUUAUAUUUAAAUUGGUUGUGGUUAGAAAAGGUGUUCUACCCAGUUACAAAACGCACUUUGGUUUUGUAAAUCAUCUGGAAUCAGUCAGACUGUUCGUCACUAAAUACUCUUAGUGUUGGAGUUAACAUUUCCUCUCCUGUCAUUCUGUCCUCAAAGUGUGGAAAUGGAUAUAAUACACAGGAAAAUCAUGUUUGACUGAACUGGGCCUUUAAAACAACAAGCUUUAGAGGUUUGAAUAAUACUGUUAAAUUGUGAAAAUUAAUAAUGCCCUUUUCGUGUAAGAGCUGUUUGAAAAGACCGGCUGAAAUUUCAUCUUGUUUUGGUGCGAUAGAGAUUUGGCCUGCCUGGUGACAUCCCAGGCUGUAGUCAAUAGACCAAUAAGAAAUAGUUCCAAACCUCUCUGCCAAUAACAGCCAGUUUUCAGUUUUUCCCUCCCCACUCAGACCACUCCCAGACAGUCCUAGCAAAAUUCUUGCUUGAGAAAUCACUUCUAAGAAGCUAUUUUUGUUAAUUUAUUUUACAAUUUUAAUGAAAACAAUCACAGCAAGGUACUUUAAUUGUUACCCAAAAAUGAUUUGAUAUUGAGAUAAAUACUGCUGCAUUGGACCUUUAAUAAAACAACCUAUCCUCUAACAUUUGCUCAAUUACAUCAUCAGGGCACUCAGGGCCAUUGCUUUUCUAUUAGGGGGACUUCCAUCCAUCCAGAUGAAAAUGCUAAAUUGAUAGUCCCUUUAACUUCUCUGUAAUUCUGCCUCAGCUACUUACCUACUGCCCAGACCUGCGUCCACCCACCGAUCACUCCUAGUACUGUAAUCUUUAGAACAGGGUUCCCUAACUGGCGGCCCAUGGGUGAUUUUAUUUAGCCCCAAAGUUUUCUGAGCAAAAACAAAAGUGACAUAAAAUACUGUAACAACACCAGCAAAUCAUCUCCAAGUUUAUUAUAAUUUUGGAAAUCUGUUCCAAAGUAUUCCCAAGGAUAAUAAAGAGAUAUACACUGAGUGUACAAAACAUUAGGAACACCUUCCUAAUAUUGAUUUGCACCCUCUUUUCCCCCCAGAACAGACUCAAUUCGUCGGGGCAUGGACUACAAGGUGUCGAAAGCAUUCCACAGGGAUGCUGGCCCAUGUUGACUCCAACGCUUCCCACAGUUGUCAAGUUGGCUGGAUGUCCUUUGGGUGGUGGACCAUUCUUGAUACACACGGGAAACUGUUGAGCUUGAAAAACCCAGCAGCGUUGCAGUUCUUGACACACUCAAACCGGUGCACCUGGCACCUACUACCAUACCCCGUUCAAAGGCACUUAAGUAUUUUGUCUUGCCCAUUCAUCCUCUGAAUGGCACACAUACACAAUCCAUGUCUCAACUGUCUCAAGGCUUAAAAAUCCUUCUUUAGCUGGUCUCCUCCCCUUCAUCUACACUGAUUUGAAGUGGAUUCAACAAGUGACAUCAAAAAGGGAUUAGCUUUCACCUGGAUUCAGCUGGUCAGUCUGUCUAGGAAAAAGCAGGUGUUCCUAAUGAUUUGUACACUCAGUGUAUAUGAUCGUAUACAAAUGUAAGCAAGGUUAGAAAUUAUUAUGUUGUAGUCAAAUAUUAUAUAUGUUUGGGCUUCUUGCGGUCGAUUUGCAAUCUACAAAUUGUUUGUAAUUAUGUUCCGGCCCCAUGACCAUCCGCUCAAGAAAAAAUCGUCCUGCGGCAGAAUCUUGUUGAUGAUCCCUGCUUUAGAUGCUGUACUGUUCUCCUCCUCCUUGUCCUACUCCUCCUCAUCUUGCUCCCAUCCGUCAACAGAGAGAGAACCCCCCCCCCCCUACUCACAGCUGCAGCCUUCGAUCUGCUCUUGUUGAUUUCAACAGGCAGGCGGAGGGGGGGGGCAACGAGGCAAGGAACGAGGGAGGGAUGGAGAGAGAGAGGAUGGGCAGCAAGGGAGUGAGCGAGAGAGAGAAACGUAGGGAGGGGAGCUUCAUUAGCUGAUGUCCAUCCAUUACCUCCGUGGCCCCAGACCACUAUCUGUGUGGCCAAUAUUCUCAGCCAUUAACUAAACGAGCAGGCUUCAUUACGGACCCAGCACUCGGCCCAAUGCCACCAUCCGUCUCUCAGAGAGGGAGCAUGCACAUACAUGAACACAUACACACACAAAAGAGCAUACACACACAUACAGUACACACACACACACACGCACAGUACAAACUCCUACAGCAGGGAUUCCCAGGUGCAUUCUAACCCAGAGUCCACUCAUAAACAACUGAGAAGGAAAUGGUUUGAUGGUGAAACGUGCUGAAACUUCAGCCAAUAGUGCUCUUUAGGUUGAGAGAAUUGUUUCAACGUUUUCUUAUAGUGAAGCUGUGUUUUUGAUGGCUAAAAUAAAGUAUUUAGCCAGCCUUUCAACAGCUUGUGUUCCGUCUGUCGAGCAUUUGGAAGAAGCUCUUACCAGUUCUUCCUUUGCUGCCACUCUCUCUUUCAUUCUGUUCCUUUACUCCUCUCAGUUUCCUCUCCCUGCUCCCCCAUUCCCUCCCCUCCCAGUCCUUUGAGGACAGCAGGCCUGAAGCCCAUACUGUAGCAGGCAUUUCUGGAAAACACUCUCAUUCUCAGCACACAAAGAACUCAGUCAGUGCCUCUCCCUAGACGACUUAUCCCAGCUUGCACUGAGGCUGCUUGGCAAUAUACCGGGCUCACCAUUACUGAUAUGAGCCAAACCCACAGAAGCGUUGUAAAAAGGUUAGUGCUGAUGAUGCUAUGUUGAGACACAAUGAUGGGAUGUUGUGGACAAUGAACACAAAACACACACACACACACAGACACACCAAGAAGACCACCAUCACCACCCAACAGCAUCCACAUAAAAAUCGAUAGGAGUCUGUUAAUGCUGCUUUAUGGCCUGCUGUUGUGUAUGAUGGAUGAUAAAGCAAGUGUGUGUGCUUCCUUUGAGUGACCUAAUGCUUAGCCAAACUGGGUUCCAAUGAGGCCUCGUAAAAAGGUAAUUUCCUCUUUACUGUGAGGGCUGUAAAAGUGGGGCUCACCCAUAGAAUGUCAAAAAGACUGAUUCUUUAUUCAUGGAUAUGACAGAAGACAGAAGAGAUUGGGUCUGCAGUGACUGAGAGUCUUGGACAUUUGUGUUGGGUUGUGGCAUUUACAUUACAAAACCAAACAACCGCCAUCUCUUGAGAGCUUUGUCCAUAGUUUUCCCAUAAUGCUGCAUCGUUUAUUAAUCCCAGUGUCCUAAGAGUGGAGGGAGACAUGAGGUGGAGAUACUGUGAUGAGAGUAACAGAAGCAAGGGUCGAACCCUGAUCUUUUGGGUCAAUUUGUGGUCGUCCAGAGUUGAUUGCAGCAGUGCUACCAGUACACUACUAGACCAAACUGUAAUUGAUAUCCAUGUCUUUUUUCUCCACAGUACACACUUGGGGACAACCUAGUCCAGUCCCUACUCCUCCCACUGGAGGUAAAUCUUCAGGAAACCAAACACACCUACUGUGGAAGAGCUAGCCAAAUGUUUACUAAGAGGUUAAAACAGAGCAUCAGCAUACUUCAACAGGAAACCAUAGAGGGAAGAUGA